AUGGAUGGAGGAGAAGAAAAUUUCCCCGUGUUUUCCAACAGUGAAGUUGAUGGCGAUUUCGCCCUUCUCAGCUGGCCAUUGUUCAACACGUCCGAUCCAAAGGUUGAGUACCUGAUUAACGUCACCCCAACCGCCGACGAGCACUUCAAGCACUGGCGAUACGAAAAUUAUAACUUUACCCUUGCCUACUCCACGUCUCCAUUCCUGGUCCGAUCCAAGAAGCGCGACUCGGACGGCCCAACCCACACCAGUCUAUUCAACCUCUACCUCGACGAACCGAACGAGUCGUGGUCCACCCAGAUUGACGGCUUCGACUACCUCAUCCUCAGCGAACGACCACUGGUUCACCCGCACAACCGUCUACUACGAGCGCCGCCACGCCAUCGGCUGCCGCUACUGCCAGAUCCCUAA